ACUUCUCUUUUCGAUAGAGAUGCGCGGCGCCUUUAAGCGCGACUCUGGUAACACAGUGGCGGAGUGUGUACAGUGUGCCAUCCAUCAUGCAGGCAAUCCGUGUGUGAGGUAUUCGCCAGUCGAGGCUGCCACCGCUGCUACAAAAUGAUCCUGCUGCCUGGUCUGCUCUUUAUUCUCUGGGGAGAGGCGGGUCGGUGUCGGGCGGACGAUGGCGGCUUCACCUUUGAUGGAGACAUCCACCACUUCGCCGUGGCCACCAACACGGUUUACGUCGCCACAGACGAGCGGCUGUACCAGCUGAGCCAGGACCUGACCCCGGUCCGGAGCGUGACCCAGAGAGGAGUCUUGCAGGCUGGCAAAGUCCAUUUUUACCGGGUUAAUGAAACGUCUUGGUGGAACGCAACUUUCAGAGUCAACGUCUUGUUGCCAGUUGUCGAGGACGGGGUUGUGAUCAGCUGCGGGGUGACCAGCGACGAGUGUGGCCACUGCGAGGUCCUGGAGCUGACAGACAUCUCUAGUCUCCGCUACAGUGAGAGCAUCCAGCUGGGACCACUGAGGCGCAGCAGCGCGUCCGUCGCCGUCUUGGUGAAGGUGCAGAAGAGUCCAACAGAAAGCGACACUUAUAUUAUGACCGCGAUACAAAAACAACAAGCCGCAUCCAACAAGUGCGCCUCCGAUUGCCAGACUGUCAACCUUCAGGACGCGGAUGGUCGUCACAUAGGAGGUAUAUUUUCUCUCAUUGACGACCAAAGCACACCUUCGAUCAAAAGUAGAGUUGACGUGGGGUUUGUGGACGGAUUUCAGGUCGGUUCAACAAUAUAUCUGCUCGCCAACGUGGGCGGCGAAAAUAACACAAUCCGUCUAAUUUGGCUUGAGGGCGAAAAAAGCAAGACCCAUACUCUCCAUUCGCUGCGAGGUGCGACUCUCAGGGUCUCCGGAGCAGCUGGUGGGGGUCACACGCUGCUGGCCUCCUCGGUGAUCCCGGGCACGCAGCCCGUGCUGUGGAGCGGCGUGUUCAGUGAGGACGCUGGACGGACCAACACCGAGCUGCUGGUGUUUGACAUCAGCGCUGAUCUCACCGGAGGGACCAAGGAUGCAGAUCCAGACUUCUUCAGCAUCGGCAUGUCAAAAUUCGAAACGCCAAAGACACUAAGGCCGAAGGCUGUGCUCUUCAGGCAGAGCAUCAUGACCUCUGUGCUGGCAACUAGGCAGAAGGCCUGGUUGGUUUUCUUCAUCGGGACGGCAGACGGGCUGCUCAUCAAGCUCGCUGUGGAUAAGCACUAUCACACCUCCUGUCCCACGGUGCUCUACAGAGCCAACGACGACCGCCCAGUGUUUCCCAAGCUCCUUCUGGAUCAGGUGGAUCUGAAACAUGUGUAUGUGCCGUUAAGAGACCAGAUGAGACGUGUACCUGUGGCAAAAUGCAGCAUAUACACGAAUGUGCGGGAGUGUUGGUCUGCAGAGGAUCCAUACUGUAUCUGGUGUGGCUCAAAAAGAAGUUGCACAUUUGAAGAUGACUGUGGAGAUUCAGACUGGGUGUCCAUUGCUGAUGAUUACCAAGAGAAAAUGGUUUCCUACAGAGUUGCAAAGGCCUCGACUGGCCAGAUCACACUUCACAUCCAGACGCACCUGACUGCGGGCCAUAGGGCGCAGUCUAACUUUGCCUGUCAAUUUUCUGCAAGGUCGAGUGUGCUUUGCAGCCUCAAUGGCCUUGCUCCACAGUUCCCACAAUGCACCUGCACCCUCACAAAUGGCACACUGCCUGCUGAAGGCCUGAAAGUCAGUGUGAGAAUCAGACUGGGAACGACACAGUUGUUGGAACAUCUGACGCUAAUCGACUGCUCUUACCUCGGUGGUCCGCCGACUUCUCUCCUGUGUCAGAAGUGUAUCAGGGCCGGAUGUGGCUGGAACCAAAACAAGUGUUCCUGGGCAAAUCAAGAAGUCAGAAAUGACAGUGUUUGCCAAAUGAUGGUACCUGGGAUGAACUUUUCUAGGCCAGAGAUCUCCUCCAUCACUCCCAGCAUCGUGUCUUUCUACGGCAGAAACCACGUGGUGUUGUCAGGCCGUAACCUUGGCGAUGUGGCCGGAGUGAGGAUGCAGGCGCACGCAGACUGCACACCACGAGAAUCUCCUGUUUGGAACAACACAGGCGUGAGUCUGACGUUCCACAUUCCCAGUACAGAAAGUAAAGGCGUGGUCAGAGUGUGUGCUCUCCUCCCAGACGGCAGUUGCCAUGGCAGCACUGAAAUCACCUACAAGUCAUCACCGUCCUGCACCAGCAUUGCACCACGCAGCACCUGGCUCAGUGGAAAGAGGAAGCUGACACUCAUGGGCUCUCACCUGGACUUUGUGGAAGGGGUCACACACAGCCACGCGCCGCAGGAAGUCAGACUUCCUGAAAACAAAAACUACCAGAACCUCACCUACGACACACUUGCAGCUGAAAACACACAGGGGACUUUUACCAAUACAGUGUUUCUGAAAGUAGCCAAUGAAUCCUUACCCUGUUCCACAAACAUCACCUACUACCCAGAGCCGGAGUUCAGCGGCUUCAAAUCCAUCACGGCCGGGGGCGGUGUUCGCAUCACCAUAGAGAAAAAGGCCGACAAACUGGAGAUGACGACAGCAGAAUUGUCCGUUUGGGGCGUUAACAGAGGAAUACAUUACCCCUGCGUCAUGAAGAUCAAAGAAACCCACAAUGAAAGUGACAUUUUCACCUGUGAGAUCCAAAGCACAGAGGAUGUUGAAUUCCAAAAGUUAAUGAUAAAAUAUGGAGAAAAGACGGUGAUGCUGCACCUUAAAUCUUCAUUACCUUUCCUUUGGGUGCUGCUUGUUCUUCUCCUGAUACCCUGCAUUAUUUUCACGGUGGCGAUUGUAUACCGGAGCAAACAGAAGAAGCUCACUGCUCAGAUGAACAGGCGCAUGGAGAACCUGGAACUGGACAUCAGGAAUGAUAUCAGACAAGGUUUUGUGGAUCUGCAGACAGAGAAAGCCGACCUGAUGGAGAACAUCGGAGCGAUUCCUUUCCUGGACUACAAGCACUUUGCCUCCAGAAUCUUUUUUCCUGAGAGUGAAUUUCUGAUGGCGCUGUGUAUCAAAGACAUUGGUCAGGACACUGUGAAGAUUCAGCUUGAUGAGUGUUGCCACGGCAUGUCCCGGCUGAUCCAGGAUCAGCACUUCCUCACGUCUAUGGUUCACGCUCUGGAGGAGCAGAAGAGCUUCACGAUCAAAGACAAGUGUGCACUGGCUUCCCUGCUAACUGUAGCGCUCCACAGCAACCUGUCUUACCUGACAGAGACCAUGGAGGUCCUACUGAAGGAUCUGAUGCAGCAGAAAAGCAACACUCUGCCCAAACUGUUGCUACGACGCACGGAGUCUACAGUGGAGAAACUGUUGACCAACUGGAUGUCCAUAUGUCUCUAUGGCUUCCUGCGGGAGAGUGUUGGACAGCACCUGUUCCUGAUGGUGAGCACUCUCACGCAGCAGAUCAGAAAAGGGCCCGUGGACUGUGUGACGGAGAAGGCUCUGUACACACUCAGUGAGGACUGGCUGCUCUGGCAGGCUCAGGACUUCAGCACCUUGAAGCUGAAGGUCCUGUUUGCAGUGGGCAGUUAUGGGGAGGUCAGCGAGCCUCUGGAGGUCAGCAGCCUGAGCUGUGACACAGUGGAGCAGGUCAAGGAGAAGAUCCUGUCCACCUUCAAGGCCAAGUUUGGUUUCCCCUUCAACGCUCCCAUCAGGGACGUUCGUAUCGAGUUUGAGAAGGACGGAUCCUUUGUUCCUCUUGAGGAAGUGGACAGGAGCUCCCAGGUUGUCGGGGAGGUGAUGCAGCUCAACACGCUCCAGCACUACAAGGUUCCUGACGGAGCGACGAUCAAAGUGCUUUCUAAGAAGAUUCAUCCUCCUCUGAGCCCCCAGGGAAGCGUGAAGGAUGACGAGAACUUUUCUGGAAAAUACUUCCACCUGAUUGAUCCCGACGAAGACAAGGACCAGAGCAAGGACCCUGAGAGGAAGAAGUUGAAACUGAAGGAAGUGCACCUGACCAAGCUGCUCUCCACCAAGGUGGCAGUGCAUUCGUCCGUGGAGAACUUGUUCAAGUCCAUCUGGGAGACGCCGCACAGCCGAGCGCCGCACGCUGUCAAAUACUUUUUUGACUUUCUGGACGCUCAGGCGGACAACAUGAAGAUCGUCGACCCAGAUGUCCUGCACAUCUGGAAGACCAACAGUUUACCUCUGCGCUUCUGGGUUAACAUCCUGAAAAACCCCCAGUUUGUUUUCGACAUGGAGAAGAGUCCCCAGCUGGAUGGCUGCCUGUCGGUCAUCGCACAGGCCUUCAUGGACUCCUUCUCCCUCAGCGAGACCCAGCUGGGGAAGCACACCCCAACCAACAAACUCCUCUAUGCCAAAGAUGUCCCCAAGUUCAAACAGGAAGUGAAGGCUUACUACAAGCAGAUAAGAGACCAGCCAGCGAUCACACACUCCGAAUUCAAAGGCUUCCUGCAGGAGGAGUCAAAGAAGCACAACAGUGAAUUUAACGAAGCCGCGGCCCUCCAACAACUAUACAAAUUCGUCCAGAGAUACUUUGCAGAGAUAAAAGAGAAGCUGAACGAGGACGGGGCCCCCCCUGAGCUGACGGAGCGACUGCAUCACGUAAAAAGUCUGUUUGACGGCCUGAAGAGCUGCGCCUGGAGCUGAGCGGAGGGCACAGUGACGAGCUAGCUCUUUUUAUUGCAAGUCCAAUGGGAAGCAUUGUGGGGGUCAGAGGUCAGCCUGGUCCCUCUGCACCACAGAUCCCAGUUCCUCCAGCUGUUGCUGCUGGAUGCUUUCCAGAUCUUCGAGCCUCUGACGGAGUAAAGAGAACUCCCUCUGAUUCUGCUCCUCCUACAGCAGCAGAAGCAGACAGAGAAACAUUAGUGUUAGCAUUUACACAUGCAGCCUCCUGGGAUUUUGACAUGCGUACAGCUGAGUAGAAGUUGUUUUUUUUAGAACUGGGCAUUUUCUGCGUAACUAUUUGUCACUGUUGACCACUUUGAUCAGAGUAAAGUUUGUCGUUGCUUUCAA